AAGAUAAUCGUUUAGAAUCUAAUCGAGGGCCGAAUACAAAAGAUUUCGUAUUCAAAUUUAAUUUAAUUCAGCUAACAAGCGAAUGUCUUUAGAAAGGUCGAAAUUCAUUGCGGGAGUCGGAGGCGUUGGCUCCAACGCCUUCUAUGGCUCCAUGGCCCUGGGCGCUGGCGAGGGCGCCGGUGGCCUGCUCUCCAGCGCACGGUACGGGGCGACCAUGCGACAGCCAAUAUCGAGAGAUCCCAAAUCGAAAAGUGCCAAACGACGCACCGCCCACUCCAAGGCGCCGGCCAUCUCGCUCACCGCGGAGCAGUUUGCGCGACGCACAGCGCUAAUGACGAGCAAGGUCGUCGGCAGCCUGAACAGGGCAGCGGCCAAUGCCAGCGCGAGCAGCAAGCGCCCGUACAAGAUCGGACAGCAGCAACAGCAGCAGAAGCAACAGCAGCAGCAGCAGAAGCAAAAGCAGCAACAGCAGCAGGAGGUGGCGCCCAAAAAAGCAAAUGCCACAGCUACGCUCAACCAUCGCAGUUGCAAUCGCAGCAAUGCGGGAGGCGCUGACGACACCAAUACCGAUUCGGACUACAAGUCAGCAGGAAGCAGCAACGGCAACGGCAACGGCCACGUCUGCACCUGUCGGAGGCAUGCGCCGCGCGGACGUCGGACGCUGCGAAUGCGCGCUGCGCCGGCAAAGACGAAAUGGCUGCUGUUGCCUCAGAGCAAUUUUCGCCAGUGCAGCGAGUCCUCCUCGGAGGUGAAUCAGGCGCACGAUCAAAAUGCGACCUGCAUAAGUAGUUCCAAGCAGCAGGAGCAGCAGCACACAGCGGAGAUCGCUGAGCCGAUGGCGUCCAUCGACAACAGUCAGUUGUCUGCAGCGCCAGCGUUGGCUCAACGCCAGAGCACCUCCAGCCACUCUGACUAUCAAACGACUAUGGGCGUGGCCAGCAGCAGCAGCAGCAGCAGCAGCAGCAGUAGUAGCAGCAGUAGCAGUACCAGUAGCAGCAACAGCAGCAGCGACAACUGGUCGAACAGCGAGACCUACGACACGCCGCGCACCUUUAAAUGCAACAGCAAGAGCCUUAAGCUAACGUCGACGGUCAUCAAAAUAAUGCCCGAGGUGCAAACGCGCACGCCAACGCGUGCACCAAUCAGGACAUCAGCCGCAAAGGCAGCAGCAAAAGCUGCAAAAGCAGCAGCAGCGGCGAAAGCAGCAAAAGCUGCAAAAGCAGCAGCCGCAACAGCAGCCGCAGCAGCUACCUCACUGAGGCCCAGCUCGCCCCACUACAUGAGCAAUCGGCUGCAAAUCCGGCAACAGCAGCAGCAACAGCGGCAGCAGCAGCAGCAGCCACAGCAGCUGGCGACUGCAAGGCCAGCAAGGGAGCAGCAGGAGGAGCAUCGAAGGAAGGCAGGAGUAACAGCGGCGCCGGCCAGCAGAGGGUGUGCGCCGAAAAUCGUGCGAGUGGAGCAGCACAAGGUGCCCAAGACCAUUGAGGAUGGCAUCGACAUAAGCUAUCAGCAUUUUGUGUCGAAGCCUCUGGCGCGCGGCAAGAAGCCGCUGCCCAUACGCUAUCUGUAUCGUCCGAUGGUGCGGCGGUUGAAUCAGGCGAAUCAGGUUGCAGGAGCGCGACACUCGCGUCGCAGCAGCAGCAGCAAGAAGGGGCUGAGCGAGAGCAAAAGCGAGUUGCUGGACAAAAUGGAGGAGCAGGAGCAGGAGUCGGGGCAGAGCCAGCAGCAGGGAACGGAGCUGGAUCAGGAAACAGAGCUGGAAACCGAGUCGGAUCAGCAACUGGAGCAGGAGUCGCAGCCAGACCAAGAGCCAUCGAUGCCCAAGAUCAGCAGCGAUAACGACAUCGAUGAUGGCGAAACCGAGCAGGAGUCCGCCUUUGAUAUGCCGCCGCCAAUUGUUGUGGAUGUCAAGUAUUUGCCGCUCAUAAACCAGCUGAAGAAGCAUCCGAUGCCCGAUCAGCUGGGCCGCCGAAUUGUGGUGCAGCAGCAGCAAUCGCUGCUGGCCAACGAGCAGCGCCUGAAGCAGCAGCAGCAGCAGCAGCAACUGAUGCUCGAAAAGUCCGAGCUGCGACAAGCCGAGGCCGCCGAGCAGAAGGCCAAACAAAUUGAAAUGCUCAAGCAGCAACAGAAACUGAUUGAGGAGCAGCGGCAGCUGAUCGAGGCGCAGAAAAAGCAAUUGUUGGCCCACGGUAAAAAACAGGUGCAGCCACGCCCCAUGCUAAUUGAUUUCCAGCCGAAUGCGACGCGACUCAGCAGUGUUGUUGGCGCCCAUAUCUCCUACCAUGCACCCAUACGCAUGUGCGCUGGCUCUGUGGAACCGUCCCCAAGGUCUAAUCAAACACCGUCAGCAAAAGCAAAAACAAAAGCAAAACCAACAGCAACAGCAACAACAAGGCCAACAACAGCAGCACCAAAACCAACACCAACAGCAGCAGCAACAGCAGCAGCAGCAGCAGCUGACGGUGCUGAAAGUGAAAGCGAAGAUGGGGUUGCUGUGAAGGGUGCUCGGGUAGAGGUGGAUGAGAAGGCGGUUAUAGCUGCGAUUACCUAUGAGGAUAUUGAGCCUAUUGUUAGUUCUCCUAAGACCGUUACCUUUCAGCUGGACGACGACAAGAACAGCAACAACAAUAGCAGCAAUAACAACAACAACAACAGCAGCAGCAGCGUACCCAGCGGGUCGCCCGACGCCAAUGGGUCAGCAGGCAGUGCACCGGCAACAGAGCCAACUAUUAACAGCACGCAGCAUCCGUCAAGCGGCACCUCAGCGGCUGCAGGCCACGCGGCCGGCGAUGGCGUCAAUGCCGAGAAGAGCGAACAUCUUGGCGCCGUGCUGCCAGAGAAUAAGAAUGUAGGCGUGGCUCUUGGCUUUAUGGUGCCCAUUUGUCUGGUGUUUGCGGUGACGCUGUGGCUCUUCUAUGCGUACCGAAAUCCGCACACACGGAGCGGUCAACUGCUCAUUCAGUCCAAGCAUUUACAUCAGUUCCGUCCCAGCCAGUGGUCAUGGCGACGCGGCGAGGCGCGCUACACGGCGGCCACGAUACACAUGUAGUGCAGCGGAGAGAUAUAAUCGUGCAUCUGUUGCGUGUCACUGGGAUGUAACGUGUCACAGCCGUGACAAAAUAUCAGUUAAAAUGUCUGCCUCCGCUUUCCCGCCCCAUCCUGCGCAAACGCCUUACCUUCCGCCAGCAACUGCAACUGUGACUUGAUAUAGAACAUCAAAUUGAAAUAUAUAUAUAUAUUAAUGCAUAUAUGUAUGUGUACUAACCGGGCAGCUAUCGAUAAUUCUCACAGUUGUCCAUCGUUCAAUCGCUCAUCUCUUACAAACAAUUAACGAAAGCGUGUCUAAUCACAAUUACAAUUGGAAUAGAAAUACAUAUUUCAAUUUAAGAAAGAGAGAGAGAGAGAGAGAGAGAGAAACAUAGCAGUAAAGUAUUUUGGAACACUGAGAGAACAGUAAUUAGCAGUGCAUUAAGAAUAAAACUAACCGAAAUUUAAAGAACCCAUAACAAAAAAGAAAAGGAAAAAAAAGACAAAUACAUUAAUAUCCUAAUCUGCCUAGUACAUUUUAUAAUUGUUGUAAAAGGGCAACAUUGCUUUAAGGAUAAUUGAGUUCAAGCAAGAUGCUCUCCUUGUCUUCUUCUUCUACUUCCUCAUUGAAUAUCCGUGAUCUAGAUCCCUCCCUGUACCUUUAGUUCCCACCAAACAGCUAUACAUAUAUAUAUAUACACACACACACGCACGCAUACACAGACACGGGGCACAGUGCUUUCAAUAUAGUAGUUCAAUUGUAAAAA